ACGUGCUUGUGUUGAUAUUUGAUCAGCUGUUGUGUCAAUAGUGACGUCAUAGUGUUGGUGAUGACGUCGCAGUGUUUAUAACGACGUCAUAGGGGCGCGCGUCGUCUGCUGCUGUCCUGCGGAGUCUCACUGUCUGUCUCUCACACCAAAAUGGCCGGGAGGUGGGACGGGUUCCAGGGCCUCCCUCACGGCUGGGAGGUCCGGUUUGACUCCAGAUCUGGCAGAUACUACUUUAUUGACCAUAUCAACAAGCACACAUCAUGGGAGGACCCACGUCUCAAGACUGCUCCCCCGCCUCCCCCACAUCCAGAAACACUUCCAGUAGAGAUGAGAGCUCAACAGGAGAAUCAGUCUCUCCCUCAUCACCAGCCUCCCUGGAUGAGUCCCUAUUUGGGGGGUCGCUUCUCCUCCUACUACCCACCGUAUGGAAGCUAUAACUUGGCUUGCAUGCCUCCAUAUGCACUGUAUGGCCCUGUUUAUCCACUGCAGAAUGCGACCAACACCACUCGUGCAGCUGGCUCGGGUAUUUGCACAGAUGAUUACAAACAUGGAGGCUCUUCAGGUGCUGAUGCAGGCACAGGGCACGACUCUCUCACACUACAGAAGGAGGUAGGAUUGACAGAAGCUAUUGAGCACUCUCAGCUAGCAAUUGCAAAAAUCUCUGCCAUGUUUCCCACUGUUCCAGAGUCUCAUAUAAAAGAUCUGAUGAAGAAAUACCAUAACAGGGAAGCUGUAGUCAUCAGUGCACUACAGGUACAAAAGCAUCCCCUUGCCACACCUGGACCUUUCGGCACCUUCACACCACCUCCAAUGCGACAUUUCAUUCCAACUGCUACUGCACUUGUGGCACUACAAAGCACUAAGGCAUCAUUGGCAGCCCCUUCAACCACAGUAACUACACCAGCUUCAGAACUUAAAACUGCAACCACUACCACCAUAUCCCAAGAUAAAACCAUGACUCAGGUAACCGCAUCUAAAAGUCAUAUAAGCACCAGUAAAACUCAGGGGACUACCACGACUACGAGCAAUGGUAUUGCUGUUACCUCCAAAAAUAUUGACCAGUCAUCAAUUUUCAAUUCAAAGAUUGAUCGUGGUUAUCGUCCAGUGUAUGAGCGGGCUAGAGGAACGCACCUUCUUGAAGAGAAGUCGAGAAAAUCCCCCAUGAUAGGCCAGCGUGGGUCUCUGGAGAGGUCCAUUGGCUCUCCACACAUGGGUCGUAGGUCCUUUGAUAGAUGUGCAGGAUCUCCCAGAUUGGGGCAAGGUUCACUGGAGCGAUCUAUAGGCUCUCCAUAUCUGGGUCGGGAUUCCCCCCUCCUGUCUUCGCGUGCUUCCUCUCCUCACACAAUAUUGGAAGGGUCUCCACGACCCGCUACCCGCUCUACUUCAGAAUUUGCCCGUUCACAAUUAGGAUCGCCCCGCAUGGAUUACCGCCAAUCACCUAGACCCUCCCCACACUCUCCCAAGAUCAAACUCAGGUACCUAAAGGGAAUAUUUCCAAAGGUUGAGCCUACAGUCAUAUUGGAUGUUUUGACCCAGUGUAACUACAAUGUUAAAGAUGCCUCAGAAAAGAUGAUCCUGAUGGGCCAUGAUAUGAAAGAAACGGUAUUAUCUCCACCCAAGCUGAAGGAUAGGGCGGAGAGUAAAGAGAACAAAGCUCCGCCAAAACCUUCGCCUGGGCCCUCUCGACCAAAGAAUUUGAGUGAAAAACAUAAGAAGAAAGUGCGUAACCAGCUGACAGUUGAGUAUCCAGCAUUAACACCGACAAUAGUGACAAUGGCCCUACAGUCGGUUUUCUACGACGAGAUACGAGCUCGACAAGUUCUCAACAACAUGGCUGAAUCUGACCGUAAAACACAAGAGGCACUGGCAACCAUCACUCCUAAAAUGUCAAGACGUGCUGAGAGCAAAACGGUGACUCUGAGUCUGAUUGGAUCUCCUCCUUUGUCCAGAAGAGAUGGAGUAAAACCUGCAAGACCAACAUUACCGAGAACAAGAAUUAACACUGCUUGGACUGCUGCUCAAACUGUGUCACAAGGUACAAGUACCGAUGAAGACCUCAGUUUUCGCAGUGAGCAGCGAACACAUCCAAGUGGUCCCAACACCAGUUUACACAAGGGACCCUCGGAGUGCCUCUUGCUGUCAGAUUACCAAGCCUGGCAUGGCCCUAACCCAGACAAUGCUUCUGGUCACAGUAAAAGUCUGGCUCAAGGCCCGAAGCGCGCACUCCUACGGGGACCAUCUGGUUUGGCUCGUGGACAAGACCCAUCAAUACGCAAAGGACCUCAGGGGCUGGCUAAAGGAUCCAAAUUUAUACAGGGUAUUAAGAAGGAGCCUUGCUUUUCCACCAAAAUGCUCUAAGAAUACUUUCAAGUGUUUGUAUAUAAUCUUUUUUAGUGAAAUUAGUACUUCUUUAAUUUAGAUGAUUUAUUAUCACACCUUUGAAAAAAAGAUGUUACAUGUUACCUUUUGGUGUAGAUCUGUUGGAGGAAGAUGUGGAAUCUCUAAAUUGUAGUUAAUUUUAAAAUUUAAUGAGAAUAUUAUGUGAUUGCAGCCAUAUUUAUUUAGUAGAAAAAUCAGUAACCGGAUAUUAAGCUAAUAUACAAGUGUUAUUGUGAAUAUAACUUAAUGAAAUGAACAUAAAAGGCCUUCUAUUUAUGUGAUUGAGGAGAUGUCCUUUUUAAAAUGUAACUGCCAAAGAAUAAAGUAAAGACAAAUAUCCUUUAGGAUAGCAUAUUUAGAGACUUUCUUUUUAUGAAUUCAUAGACAUAUUGUAGUACAGUAUCAGUAAUAUCUAAAGAAAGUUUUUAUGAUAUUGAAAAUUUCAAAAAUUAUAAACAAGCAUUGCAUAUUUAUCCAACCCAUCCUCCUACUUAGAUAGUGGUUUUUGUAACCAUGUGCACCAUAGUACAAACAUUGACAUACUAAGCAAUUAGUAGAAUUUUGUACUAUACACUUUAUAGUUUGAAAAAAUUAACUAAAAAUCAAACUGAAAUUUUCCUAGGCCUAGUAUAGCACACACACACAUGUACUAUAUUAGGCCUCAGAUUGUGUGUAUUAGCCCCUAGAAAGGUUAGGUCAAGUUAGUUUAGUUUAGUUUUUGCAACCUAAAUGGAAAUUCUUUUCCAGUCUGUCCAAAUUCAAUAUGUCCGAUUUUCUACUUUCUGAUUGUGUCAAACAUUGGUAUAAGUACUAUGGUCCUCAUUGUCACUAUAAGUACUACCAAAACAGGAGGAUGGGCUGAUUUAUGAGAAAAGAUAGUUUUGUAUAUGUAGUGAUGCAGCAUUUAUACAUAGACCAAUACCAUCACACUCUGGAUUUGUGGAGGUAUGCGUAUUGUAUUUUAGAAAACUGUGGAUACAGUAUUUGAGUAGAGUGAUGGCUCAAACAGCAUUUUACUAGUCAAAAUAGUAUAUUGAACUAAAAUGAUGAAUCUUCAAAGGUAUUAAAUAGUAAUUAAUAUAUAAGACUAAUGUGUUCAUAUACAGUAUUUGCCAUUUAGAAGUAUAUUGUGCCAAAAUAUCAAAUAUUUUAUACCAUCUGAAAUUAGAAGAGAUAGCUAUAGGUGCCUAGAGUAAGGUUUCUUGACCAUGAAGCUUGGAAAAGUUGUCCUCUUGGUCACUUGUACUUGUAGGCCCCUCCUAACCACUCUGCAUACUCCGCCUCCACGCAGGUCGCACACCAAACCUGUGUCAGGUUAGGUUAGGGGCUGUAAGUUUCAUUUCUUUGAACUGUAACCUGGGGCUGGUCCUCUCCCCCAGUUUGGUUGAGAUGAUCUACCUACACAGCUGCUCUAACAAGGUGGUCUCUUAUAGACUUACGCUUAGACUUAGAAGCUUGGAAAAGUUGUCCUCUUGGUCACUUCUUUACUGCGGGGGUCUUGGUUUAUUAGUGAACUGCAGGUGAUCCACAUGAAAAUACUUAGCAUUUUACUUUCUAGGUUUACUUAACUAGUUUCUGUUGUUCAGUCUUUGUCUUCUAAUGCUGUUCUUUAAAUUUGUUCAGUUCCAUUUCCUACCACAAUGCUGAGAGGAGGAAAAGUAUUUAUGUUGACAGAUCCAAUAAUUGUCAUGAAAACUUAAGCAUUUAUUUACUGAUGCAAUUUUUUUUCAGAUGUUGCUCAUGGGGAAAAAUGUAAGAUUGAAAAGUGAUGCUAUUUAUUUACCAAAUUUCUUCCAUAUAAAAGUAUUACCCUAGGGAAAAUUUAUAUUGCCCGUGUUAGGAAAGGUACGAUUAUUGUAUAAAGGAAUUGUCAAUUUAUAGCCAGUUACAAGAUAUCAUUUGUUUCAUCAUUUAUAAUACAGGAAAAUGUCUUGUAUUAAUUAAGCGUAAUGCAAAACUCCUACAUGUAGCUUACUGUGCUCUUUUUGCUUGACCCCACAACUUCCCAAGAUAGUUAUCAUUGAUGAUAUGCAAGGGGCAUUACAAAUUCAGCUGCUGUGACAUUAGUAUACACGACGCAUCCAGAGAAUGUUCUGAAAACCUAAAACUUAGUAUACUGUACUUUACAGCAUAAGGCUUAGGACUAGUAUAAAUAGAGGUGCUGUUUUCGUGUUAGAAGCCAAAGCUAUGACCUGCCAACUUCAUACCUCACACAUAGUUCAAAAGUCAAAUACCUGUUGUAGUUACACCAAAAGUGUAUAAAAUUAUAGUAAAUAUAUUUUACUGUGUUAUUAUUUAAUGUACAUUCAGUAGGUUAUAUAUUUUUUUUUAGCACAUGCACUAUGUUGUUAUAAUUAUCACCAUAUAUUUCACAGCAAUCCCCAUAUUUGUAAACAAUAAGUUAUAACACAAGAUGUCAUUUUUCAUCUUUGGUCUCUUAACUAAGGCCAUACAGGUUCCUGGUUGUGUGCACUCGUGGGCACCUGUAGUUUUGGUUUAGUUGUCUCAUACUUAAAUUUGUAUUCACAAGCUUGUCUCCCGAACGGGAGAGAUGUUACACGACUCGGGUGUGGAUGACCUAAUUCUCUUGUGCUCAAGUGGCAGCCCGUAGAAGGCAUAAAGUUCCAGUCUGGGGUGCAGUUUGGUGCCUCUGGAAUCCUCCUCUAUUGUGGCUAGCUCAUAGCUCAGGUGGUAGGGUGCUUGUCUCCCAAGCAGGAGGUUAAGUGUUCAAGGCUUCUAGUGCCCAGGUGAAUGAAAUCCAAAACCAUAUUUUAUACGAAGUAAUUGUUUGAAAGACAUAUUUUUCAGUUGUACACAUUAGCUCUAUUUUGAUUGCUUGUUGCCAAUAGAAUAUCUGUAGGAGAAGAAUUUCUAGCAUACCUUGAGGUUACCUUGAGGUGCUUCCGGGGCUUAGCGUCCCCGCGGCCUGGUCGUCGACCAGGCCUCCUGGUUGCCGGUCUGAUCAACCAGGCUGUUGGACACGGCUGCUCGCAGCCUGACGCAUCUCCCUAUUUUUGAGUAAAUCUAAUGAAUUUGCAGAGUUUGCAAAUGAUGAGUACUGAUAAAUCAUUUGCUGCUUCUGCUAGGCUGGUUAAGUGCAAAUCUAUUAAUUUGUUCAGAUGAAUAUCAGCAAAGUAAAUUUUUUGCACCAGUAAUUGUUAACAUAUAUUCUGGUUCCUUUUGUCCCAAGCUUAAACUUUUAUCUUUCUCAUAUGACUGUUAAUUACAAUUAUGACAUGACAUAUAUGUAGAUUUAUGUAAAGUAAAUACAAAUGACACUAAUGAAAGGUAGACCUUAAGUUCUAUGUAAUUGGCAAGUAAAUUAUAAAAGUUGCAAAUACAAAUAAAUGCACUUGACCAUCACCACUACUAAAACAGGUAAUCGGUUGUCUAGUAUUGAGAGUUGACAAACCAUGCCAUCAGCACCACGGAAAAAUUUUUGGUUCAACAAGUGAAAAGAGUCACCAAUCAUUUGAGGGAGCAGAUAUUUCAUACACCAUCUGAUGACCUUCCACAUAACCCACCACAGGCCCCACCCAUGUUCAUGCACACUGCAUAUGUAUUAGGCAACUGUGUAGCAUUUUCAUGUGGCACUGGUUUCAAGGCCCUCACCCCUGGCAUUAAUAAAAAAAAAUCUUACAGAUUCAUUGUUGGAAAUGUUUUUUUUUUAUGAGACUUUGAGAAAUGGCUGAAAUAAGAAGUGUAGUGUUUAUUGUUGCUUAGGAAAACAUGUUGUUGCUUAGAAAUUUUGUGUUCAAGACAGGACGUGUGGUUUCCUGGUGUUGAAGGAAGGAAGUCUGCUAUGCCUAGUGAGGUUUGCUUAGCCAAUGACUGGCAUAUCCCUGAAUGCAACUUGCUACAGUCUACUAACUUAGGUGAAUAAAGGCAUCAAAUGUAAGAAAACUUUCAUAAGCUUAUUUUCCUGCCAAGAAAUCGAACCCGAGACCAAUAUUUUGUGAGCUAACUACAGUACUAUGUACUGUUGCUAAAACUAGUUUCUAAAUAAUACUGAAUUUUUUUUUAAUCACUUGCUAAAUCAUCCUUAUAAUUCAAAUACAUUACCUUCUCAUUUAACAUUGUUACCCCAUUAUACAGUAUUUAUAAAUAAUUAUAUUUACGUUAUUCCUGAAAUGCCUGGCAUAUCAGUGGCUUUAUAUAAUUUAUAUUUUUAUCUAUGAAUUCUCCACUCAAUUAUCAAAUGUAUUUUUUUAUAUAAAUAUACUACAGUAUUAUUAUUGCUACUGUAUUAUUAUUAUUAUUAUUAUUGCUAUUAUUAUUAUUAAUAAUAAGUCUUCUCAUAGACAUAACAUAGGAUAAAAACCCACACUCGUGUAAUUAUUAUUACAGUAUUAAUACUGAAAAGAAUUUAAUGAAGUUACGGUACAUGUGCAGAGCAUAUGUGGAGGGAUUGGGGGUGUUAGUCAUUAUUCAGUAUUGAUUGUUUCUAAUAAUAUACAUUUUUAUUUGUUAUACUCAUUUUAUGUUUUAUACAUAUUACAUUAUCUAUCAUUAAAUUUUAUUAGGUCAAUUUUACUUUAAUCGCAUUGUUAGUUAUCAUAUACAGUACUUGAUCAUAAAAAGCAAUUACUGUACAUGUUUGUAUAAAUCCAUCCAUAUAGCUUUUAUAUUUGUUCUAGAUAGGUUUCAUGUACAAUACCUCCUUCCAAGCUGGACAAUACAGUACUAAACAUACAGAUUUGCUCCUUUAUUCUGCAAUAUGUACAAUAGUCAUCAAGAAUUCAUGAGGUAUCUAAGUACAAUUAUGGAGCCCAGAGUAGGCACAGCAACCCCAGUCAUUUGUAGUCUCCCAGAUACCUGCAAAAUAAGAAUGGAAUUGUGUGGUCUGUAAAGUUGUUAGGUCCUUCUUACAGUUCUUAUUUCUUUGAAAAUAAUAGAGUUUAGAUUUAGGAAAGACCUGGCUAAAUUCUGGUUCAGUAACUGGGUUGUUGAUUUGUGGAACAUAGUGGAGGUGGGGUCCCUCAAUUGUUUCAAGUGUGGGUUGGACAUGUAUAUGAGUGGGAUUGGGUGGUUAUAAACAGGAGCUGCCUUGUAUGGGCCAAUAGGCCUUCUGAAGUUACCUUUAUUCUAAUGAAUCUGAAAGAGCACUGUGAAAUGUAGUCCUCCUUAUGCUCACUACCUAUUGUUUCUAUUCCUUUCCUCCCCAUCCCUGCCUUGCAUCCCAUUACUCUACCCCCUCCCCUAUGCCUAUCUUCUCACCCUCACUCCAUCUUUAAACUCUCCACCCCAUCUGCCCAUUCUCCUCAUUCCUUCUUGAGCCAGAGCCCGUGGCUUCUCUACAAUAGUGUGAAAUACACUAGGCUUUCCUGAUAUUCUCUCGGAUCAUGACAUGGUGUAAGUAGCGUUUUUUUUAAUUGAGGUGGGGGGGGGGGGGUAACAGUGGUCUCGGCCAUUAAUUUUAUCCUCUAUUUGAUACAGUAGUUACCUCAUUUCCAUCAACUAAUGUUGAAAACUGAAAAUGUAUUUGAGUAAAGAAUUAUGAAAUAUAAUUCAAGGUAUCAUUCGUAAGAGAUUAAAGAUUAGCAUACAGUAAAUUAAAAAAAUGACUUCAGGCAUUUUGCUGCCUGAUCAUUGACAGCUGUGUUAUGUUUGAUUAUAUUUAUUUAGAUACUGUAUAACCAUAUGAAUUAACAUUUCAGUAUUAUAAAACUACAGAUAUGUCAUUAAUAAUGUUACUCGUUAAAGGAAAUUUUGUAUAUCUGGAUCAUAAUUUAUUUGUACUGCAUGUUUUGUACAGGAUUUUUUAUGUAAUGAAGGUACAUAAAGUAAUUUAAAGCUUGCCAAGUCACAAAACUGAAUUGACAUCAAAGUUCUCACCCAAAGGGUAAUAGUCAGUGGAUCAGCUUAGCUGCUGAAACUGCCAGAGCUAGGACAGUACUGCAGUUCAAAAUUGACCUGGAGAACACUGUUAAGUUGAAUGGGAAGCCUUCACAAGCCACUGGCUUCAUGUGCCUACCUUGGCCAUUGCAAACAAUAUCCAUCAGCCAUUCAGGAGGUUGAGCUUGUGUGUGAACACUACCAACACUAUAAUAGAGAUUUAUCAUGUAAGCUUCAAUGUCUUUCCACUUGCUGUUUUUGCAAUGUUAAAUUUUUUACAGUUCAUCCCUUAGGGAUGAACUGGUGGAAAUUAAAGCGCAGUUGCUGAUGAAUGAACAUAAAGUACUGUAAUAGAAUUGAUUUAAUGUACUAGACUUCUAUAACUUUCUUUUUUGAAGUUUGAAAAAGGAAAGAGUACGCUAUUUGCAUUUAUUUUAAUAAGACCAAGUACAAAAUACUAGACAUGAUAUUAAUGAAAACUGACACUUACUUCUCAGCAGUAUUUUAUUAAACCAUGUGGAUAUUAGUGUAGAUAUACUAUAUUGACAGCAGCCUUAACAUAAGACUACUUAUCUAUAGAUUUCCUCCUUGUGUUUUGCUAUUUGAUCACAGUAGAGUAUGUGUAUGUGUAGUUGAUGACCCUGUUGUAAACAUUUAAAAUGUGCAUAUUUUAAUUAAUUUUACAUAAAAUCUUGUGAUUGGAUCUUAAAUAUCCAUAAGAUGUUCAGUUCUGUAUGGCAUUUUCAGUGUAAAGUAAUGUUAUAUGUAGACAAGUAAAAGUGAUUUGAUAAGUGCUAUAUUUUAGAGGCCUACAUAUCAAAAUAUAAUGUUUUAUGCUACAAUAGAUUUAUACUGCUUUGUUAUUAACAGAUUGGCUUUUUUUAAGACUUGACCAAUCACCUGACCAAUCUGAGGCACCAAUGAUAAGAUAGGUUUCAAGCAACUAGCCCCAGGGAGACGACUAUCUUUGUUUACACCCCUAAACAUGCUAAAUAUACACGCAUUCCAUACAUUCUCUUCUGCUUAUUUAAACUUAUAAAAGUCUUCUUCCUCAAUACUAAUCCUGAUUCAAAACUUCUUAGGUGGAUGUAAUGAAACCCUUGAACAUCUUGUCAGAAAUAAGUAUAUGUAAAAAUAUAAUGCCAUCAAUCUAAUUUCUCAUUAUCACCACCUUACUCUAUUGCUAAUGUUAUAGUUUAUACAGUAAUUGUUAACUCAAUUACAACAACAAAAUUCAUUGUAUAAGUCUGUCACUAGUUUUAAGUCUUUGAGACAGACUGACUUCAUCUAACUUGAAUUCACUGUAUGUUGUGUUACUUUUAAGACUUCCCAAAACCAAGUGUGUACAGUUUAAUCACCAAUUUUUAAGGAGGCAGAAUUAUUAGAGAAAUGUGAUCAUAGCUGGGAAGGGAAGCACUUGGCAGAGGAGAAUGUUAUGUUAUAGUACUGUUCCUCGCAUAAACAGCAGAGGAGUCUCGGUAAAAGGGAAGAACAUUUAAAUACAAAUGAGAAGAUUUGGUUGAUGCUGUGUAUCAGUGGUUUACACAGCAUUGUGGCUGGCUGAUGGUGGUCUACAGUAUAGUUUGUAGCCAAAUGUCACUAACCAUGGGCACUGAGGACUUCUAUGCCAGCUCAGGGUGACGGCAAACAUUUUAACAGACAGCAUGGCACAGUAAUAUAACUUCACUUUACUGCCUCUGGGUUACCAAGUGCUACAAAAGUGGUAAAUAAACAAAUUAAUGUUUAUAUUGUGUAUCUAAAUGACAACAAAUGUACUGUAUCAUUCUCUAAUAAAACUCCAGAAGAUUUGGUAAUAAAUAAAGUGUAAUUUUUUAGAAAUGGGGAUAAGAUUUUCAAAGGAAUACUGUACUUCUUUAUUAUCUUGUUUCACACUUGUGUGUGAUAGAGACCUUCCCAGUCAUGAUUGCAUGCAUGCUGCGCAGAUACACAUUAUUUUGUGUUGAUACUUCACAAAUGUGAAAUAAAAUUCAAGAUAUUUUAAUUCUUUUAUACUGUACAUUGUUAUUAAAAUUAUAUAAUUACAUUAUUGGGUUAUUCCCUGUAACUUGAGGCACUGUAAGAUGCAGUAAUCAUGCCAUCUUUUUAUGAAACAUAGAUUAGCAAGAACAGUAGUUAACUGAUGUGAUGAGCACACAGAAUGAGCUCUAAAAUGUAUAUAAUCUUCAAAUUAAAUCCACUUUCAGUAUAAAGACCGAUUAAAGGACUGAAACCAAUACGGUAUACAGUAUCAAGAUAAUUUUUAGCCCAAAAGCAUUAGCUCAGUAUCACUCAAGAAGAAAAUUGUACAGGUAUUUGACAAAUUAAUUUUUUGUUAAAUGAACAUAGUGGAUGCAUGAUGCACACCACUUUGUGUGUUUACCUGGGCAUUUACUGUAUUUGUUACAAUGGGUAUUCAGUGCUGUAUAUUGUCUCUAAUAAUAGUAAAGAAUUAUUCCACAAGUGGGGAUACAGCACAUGAGUACCCAUUCACAGCUACACCCCACCCAAGGUACAUACUGCUGUUUAGUAUUCAAACAUACUGUAUCCUGCUAUAUGAAGUUAAUAGUAUUUAAGUCAAGGUUUGUCGAGUUAGGUUAUUCAUUGCUCAUCAGCUGCUCUGUUUCUGUAUACGAGCUAGUCUCUCAAUUGUGUAAGCUGUUUUGUUCUGUAAUAAAAGUUGUAAUUAAAUAUUUACCUAUGUUCAUGUAAAGAAAUUAUUAUUCUUGUAAACAUAGUAGAUCACUCUCUGUAGUCUUUAAAAUUUAUUUAGUCUUUUCCUCUGACUGAUAUAUUUGUGCAUUUCUGUAAUAAAAGUAGUUAUUCCAA